AUGUCUUCCUUUCUACGCAUUUUCUUUUUCAUUUUCUUCGCUACUGCUACUUCUGUUCAAUCUGUAAGAAAAUUUCAUGUUGGUGAUCAUUUAGGUUGGCGUCAACCUGAUCAAGACAAUGCUGAUUUUUACACCAAAUGGGCUCAAACUAACCGAUUCCAAAUCGGAGAUUCUCUCGUUUUUGAGUACGAGAAUGACUCAGUUCUUAGUGUUGAAAAAGAGGAUUACUUUAACUGUGACACAAGUAAACCAAUCACUACUUUUACCAAUGGAAAGAGCACUCUUAAUCUCGACAGAUCUGGACCUUUCUACUUUAUCAGUGGAACUGAUGAUCAUUGCAACAAUGGCCAAAAACUGCUUGUUGAAGUUAUGGCGCCGCAUACAAUUCCAGCAUCUCCUCCCACUCCCACCACCAUUGCGGUUCCUCCUGAAGGCUCCUCGUCGCCGAUGAUGGCUCCUUCGAAUGCGCCUUACUCGUCAGAUACCUUGGACCAGGCUACGUCGUCUUCCUCCAUGGUGGUGGUUACUUCAUGUUUUAUGUCUACUUUGGUCGCAUUUGUUAUUGUGGUGCUUUUAGCCUUCUAA